UCACAUUGUAUUUACCAAGCGUUUGGUGAUCUCUUUACUGUCUAGCCAAUGCGUCGAUUUAAUAACAAUUGUUUACGGAAGCGAUGGAAAAGCGAAUUGUUUACUGGAUACUGUCAAAACUUUAAUUUGUGUACGCCUAUAAUUUUUAUUACAAUAUACCGCAGCUACGAAUCGAAUAAUAAGAAAAUGCAAGACAACGAUGUUGAAUCUUCGACAACGACUAUUGCACAAGAGUAUGGUAUUGAUCCAAGGACAAUUAGAAAUUGGCGACAGAAUCGGCAAGAAUUAGAAAAAUUGAGCGACACUAGAUCGAUGAAAAUAAAACGAGUUCGAAAAUCUCGGUUUGAACAACUUGAAAAAGCCUUGUACACCUGGUUUCAGGAAAUUCGAUUCAGAGGAGUCCCUGUCAAUGGCCCAAUUAUCAGAGCAAAAGCAUUGGAACUGUCCAAGGCAAUGGAAGAUGGGACUAUGAUGAACUUUGUAGCAAGUGAAGGAUGGCUAAGCAAAUGGAAAUCCAGAUUUGAUAUACAAAAACUUACUUCUGAUAAUAAAGCUGAAGAUGAACCAGGUGACGAAAUAUUUGUAGAAGAGUUUCCCUUAAUCAUAAAGAAGGAAGAGCCUGGGAUUAAAAAUGUUCAUGUCGACGAAAAUGAUUUAUAUUAUCAAAUGUUAUCUGCAUGUACUUCGAUAGAGGACCAAGAACGUGAAGCUGUGCAUUUUAAGCAAAAUAAAGUCCACAAUAACAAAGCUGCCCCAGCAGAAAAAAAUUUUAUUCAAGAAUUACCGAUAAUUGUAAAACAAGAAAAACUUUCUCAGAGCGAAAUUUAUACCAACGAUGAAAGCAAUUUAAAUCACAAAGCGUUACCUUCAAAUACUAUGGCGAAAGAAAAAAAUUGCCAACCUGCGGGCUCAAAACAAAGUAAGACAUGCAGUAACACAGUUGAACCAACAGAAAGAGUUUUUCUACCAGAAUUUCCUGUAAUUGCCACACAGGAGAAUCGAACCGAAAACGAAAUUUUAGACGCCAAUGAAACUGGUUCAAAUUGUACAAUAUUAUCACAAAAAGCUCCAGAGGGGGAAAAUGAUCCCAUGGAUACAAGUUUGAUGCAAAGUAAGAACCACGACCGAUUAGCAGCUUGCUCUAAUAUAGCUAAAUCAACGGAAAGAAUUUUUUUAUCAGAAUAUCCGUUGAUAGAGAAAGCAGAGUGUGAAAUUGUAAACACAAAUGAAAGACAACCUUCGAGAACUUUGGCAGAGGAAAAUGAUUCCGAAGACCUAAAAUUUAUUAGACGAAAUGAUAGCCGAGUCAGGGUAACAGGUUACAAUCAUAUCGAAAUAGCAACAGACAGAAUUUUUAUACAAGAAUAUCCAUUACGAGGCAAGGAUGAAGAGCUUGUACCUAGUCAAAUUUUUAAUGCCACUGAAGCUGAUUUAUAUUACAAAAUGCUCCCAUCUCGUAAUUUAGCGGAAGAAAAAGAUCUAGAAGCUAUGGCACUUCAUCAAAAUAAAGACAGAGUUACAGUAAUGGCCUGUUACAACUCAGAUGCUUCGUUAAAACUCCCAUUGAUCGUCAUUGGAAGGUACCCUAAACCCAGGGCUUUGAAAAAUAUGUCUAAAUCCACGCUUCCGGUUUACUAUACGGGUGAAUCAAGCGCAAUGAUGACCAUUAAUCUUUUUAAAAUUUGGUUCAAGGAAGUAUUCGUACCCCAGGUUACAACUUUUUUAAGAGAACGUGGUCUUCCUUUAAAAGCUGAGCUUUUAGUUAACAAUGCUACGUCUGAUUCUAGGAAUGAAGUUAUUUCAUUGAAUGAUAUCAAAGCAUAUUAUUUACCACAUAAUAAAACAUCUGUCGAGCUGUCAGAUCAUGGAACGACUGAUAACUUGAAAAGACAUUACACAUCGGCGCUUCUGAGGUCAAUUUUAUAUGCCCAACAAAGUGGAACUUCAGUUGGUACACAUUUGAAGUCUGUAAAUAUCAGAGACGUCAUAUAUUGGUUGAGCGACGCUUGGGACGAAGUAAGUCCUAGUAAAGAGAUCGUAUGCCAUCAAAAUCCACUGUCCGACAAUCAGAUAUGUGAGAUAAAGACCGAAACCACAAACUUGAAUCAAGGCGUAACUGAUCAAGAUCUUUUGAAUCUUUUGCAACAAAUUGAUAGCUAUAAAACUGCAAAAAAAGAAAUUGUGCAUGAGUGGAUUAAAAACAAUGAUAAUGCGUUCGCUGAAAUGCCGACGAAUGAAGAAAUAAUUAAAAUGGUUGAGGAGAACGAUGAACUUGAAGAGGACGAGGCCAAUUUAGGCGAGACUGUGGAUGUGAAACCAAAAGAUGUAGUAACUGCAGCUAAUACAAUCCUUGCAUUCUUCGAAAGACAUAGUUUUUUGACAAAGGCAGAAUUAGCCACGAUAAGAAAGGUCAAACGAAUAGCCAUGCAAAUAAGAAUUUCGCAACAAGUUUCAAAGAGUUAAUAAUAUAUAAUAUUCCACUUACGUACAUAUUCAUGUAAAUACAAGUUAAUAAUUAAUUUAUAGAAAUCUUUUUUUUUUCGAGGUAAAGUAUUUUAUGUUACGAUUGUAAAU